CAUUUUUCCCUUCCAGCCGACCUGCCGACCCCACACCAACACAUUAUUUAAGAUUAAUUUACAUGUUAGCGGGACGUGUAGAGGCGGCGUACGACCCCCUGAAUCUCAAUUGAUAGACGGAACCAUUUGGACCGCUAAACAAAAUCGAAUAUCGUGUCAACAAAUCGUGUUAAAUUCGAAAUCCAUUCAAGGUUUUCCGUCCACAAUGGCAGACAGUGAACCGUUAAGUAUAGACAGCAUAAUCGCACGACUGUUAGAAGUAAGAGGAUGUCGACCUGGUAAAACAGUACAAAUGUCUGAAGCAGAAGUCCGAGGAUUAUGUUUGAAAUCUAGAGAAAUAUUUUUACAACAACCAAUUUUAUUAGAUUUAGAAGCACCUUUAAAAAUAUGUGGAGAUAUACAUGGGCAGUACACUGAUUUGUUGCGUUUAUUUGAGUAUGGAGGUUUUCCUCCAGAAGCAAACUAUUUAUUUUUGGGAGAUUAUGUUGAUCGUGGAAAACAGUCAUUGGAAACCAUAUGUCUUUUAUUAGCAUACAAAAUAAAAUAUCCAGAAAACUUUUUUCUCUUACGAGGCAAUCAUGAAUGUGCAAGCAUUAACAGGAUCUAUGGAUUUUAUGAUGAAUGUAAAAGGCGUUACAAUAUAAAAUUGUGGAAAACAUUUACUGAUUGUUUUAAUUGUUUACCUAUCGCGGCUAUUAUUGAUGAGAAAAUAUUUUGUUGUCAUGGUGGACUGAGUCCUGAUUUACAAGGAAUGGAACAAAUUAGACGUAUUAUGCGUCCAACUGAUGUUCCAGAUACUGGUUUAUUAUGUGAUUUAUUAUGGUCUGAUCCGGACAAAGAUGUAACUGGUUGGGGGGAAAAUGAUAGAGGUGUUUCUUUCACUUUUGGUACAGAUGUCGUAGCAAAAUUUUUAAAUAGACAUGACUUAGAUCUCAUAUGUAGAGCACAUCAGGUUGUAGAAGAUGGUUACGAAUUUUUUGCCAAGAGACAAUUGGUUACAUUGUUUUCCGCACCAAAUUAUUGUGGAGAAUUUGAUAAUGCUGGUGGAAUGAUGUCUGUUGAUGCAACACUAAUGUGUUCAUUUCAAAUUUUGAAACCAUCUGAAAAGAAGGCGAAGUAUCAAUACUCAGGAUUAAACUCUGGAAGACCGGCUAGUAAUACAACUGCUGUGAAAAAGAAAUAAAUCGUAUUUGAUUGAAUAUUGAUUAUGAACAACUAAACGAGGUUGUUCUUACUCUAAUAACUCUGUGCUUGAAUAAUUUUACUUUAAAAAUUUGGACUUUCUAUAUAAUAACAAAUAAUGUUAUAUAUAUAUGUAUGUGUGUGUGUAUGUAUGUAUAUAUAUAAAUGAGUGUGUAUGUAUGUAUGUAUGUAUGUGCGUGUAUAAAAAAAUUAUCUUUAACAAUCAUUUAAUAAUGGUUACUUGUGACCUAAAUUAUAUAAAGUCCUAAGUAUUAAUGGAUUAUUCGAUUUUAAUUUUAUGUACUUUGUAUA